AUGUCCAACACGGUCGCGGACAUCAACCUCGUCUCUGAAUUCCUCAGUGACAACCAGCAAGAUCUUUCCCCGGUUGACUGCAUCGUGAUCUGUGCAUCAGCAGUUCUCCACAGUGCCGAAGUCCUUUUCAGCACUCUCCAGCACCAAUCCCUCACCAAAGCCCUGGUGCUCUGCGGGGGAAUCGGUCACUCAACCCAGCUACUCUAUGAUGCCGUGAAAUCACACCCUAUAUUCUCACGCAUUGCCGAUGAAAUCCAAGAUCUCCCAGAAGCAAAAGUCCUAGAAACAAUCUUAGAGGAGUUCUAUGAUCGAUCUCUCAUCGCCAAAGAAGGAUGUCGCAUUCUUCUAGAGUCCAAAUCUACGAAUUGCGGGCAGAACGCUUCCUUCUGUCGCAAAGUCCUCGAUGAUGCAGGCUUCCAAGCUCCGAGGACGUGCAUUGUCAUUCAAGACCCGACGAUGAUGCUCAGGACUAAAGCUUCGUUCGAAAAGGCAUAUGAAGAUGUACAGUCUCCGGUUUCGAUUGUUAGCUGUCCAAUCUUUGUGCCGCGCAUGCAAUUGUCUCAAGACGGUGCUCUGGAAUAUUGCCCUAUCUCGUCGACCUCGGAACUAUGGUCUCAAGAUCGAUUCUUGGAAUUGAUUAUGGGGGAGAUCCCCAGGUUGAGGGAUGAUAAAGAUGGCUAUGGGCCUCAGGGACGAGGAUUUAUUUCUCAUGUCGAUAUUCCAGUUGACGUGGAAGCUGCUUGGUCUCGAUUAGAAGUGGUGGUAAAGAGAUCUAGAUAA